AUGGCAGGCAUACACCUCUUGGCCUGCAUUUUGUGUCUGGUUCUUUCCAAAGCUCUAAGCGCCGAUGUCGUUGAAGGCAACUAUAACGUUACUGCCUUCUGCACCUCGGUUAAGACCGGCACCAGACUGGGAAGCCUUGAAUCCUGUGAGAAAUACUAUCAAUGCUCUUCUACCGGACCCGUGGCCUAUAAUUGCGGUUCCGGACUCUCAUUCGAUUUGGCCAAUCAACGCUGCGCCGUGUCAUCUCAGGUUAAUUGCGCUGUUGGUGUCGGCAGCGUGGGCAAUCCUUGCGCUGGCAAGACGGGAAGCAAUUGGUUACCAAUUCAAGGAAAUUGCAAGGGUUAUGUGUUCUGUCAGGAUGAAAAGGAAAUCGGCACAGGAACUUGCCCAAGUGGAUCGAAAUUCAAUGGACAGACACAGGCAUGUGAAUCGGGCCAAUGCUCCGAUGAAAUAGGAGGAACUUAUCUUCAGAACUUGUGCAGCGUUGUCCCUCCAUCAAUAUUUUUCGGCAGCACAGCUGAUUGUGCAACAUGGAAUUACUGUUCGCCAAGUGGUGAACUUAUAACUGGCUCUUGUGAUAGCAGCGAUGGCGAGACGGGAGCUACUGAGGAUAGCAAGAUUGCAUUCAAUGUACAGCAACAAGUAUGUGAUUAUACCAGUGAUUCAGUUUGCAGUAGAGUAACAGAUAAGGAUUUGACUUCAGGAGGUGGUUCUUGUGAUACCUCGGGAGAAAAGAAAGGUGACAGCUAUGUGUGCGGCUAUUAUUAUGUAUGUAAUGGUGAAACUUUUGUGCUCAACUAUUGCCCCACUGGGCAAUACUAUGACACAGUAGCCGAGGCAUGCCGUUUGCGACAAAUUGCUGUUGCCACGGAAGGUUGCAAUAGAUGUCAAGACGCAACGACCUCUUUCGUGAAUGCUGUCGACAAAACUGCCUGCAGGGAGUACUUGUAUUGCAAGAAUGGCGUGGGAACACCCACUGGACCAUGCCCUGCUGGCACCUAUUUCGAUGAAAAAUAUCAAGUCUGUGCCUCAGAUGAAAAUCUACAAACCUAUGUUUCUGAUAACGGAGCUUGCAGUGGAGCAGUUGCAGAAGAAGAAGCCACAACACCAGACGAUUGA